AAAGACAACUACACUGCUCUGACUGGAGUCGCUGCCCAGAUUCAAGAAGGAGAAGAAUUUCUUACUGCUAGAAAAGAAGCUAAGCUUUUCCUAGAGGAUGUGAAAUGCUGGGAGGUUUCAGAUCCCGAAGAACAGCUUAGUAAGUUAAUAGAUUUUAUGCAAACAUUGAGUCAAAAAAUAAAAAGUUACAACAUUUGGAUUAAUACAUGCCUCACAGAUUGGGAUCUGCAGAAUUUUCUAAUAAACACUGUCAACUUCUGCAAAAAUUCACCCACUUAUAAAACUCACUUUAUUAAAUCUCAGUUGUGCAGCCUUCUAGAACCUCAUGUCUACAAAGUGACAAACUUUCCUCAGGCACAAUCCAUCAUACAGUGGAUCAAUCAGUCAGAGUCAGAAGAAGAGCAAGUCAAAAUCACCUCAUUUUCUGAAUUCAUUAAGACCUUAAAGAAAACACACAAAAACCUGAUGGAAGUGAAUUUCAAAAGUGAGUCCCAAGAAACAGUGGAAGAAGUGAAAAGAACGGCUACAUAUGAGGUCACCACAGCUCUCAUCUCCUUCUUGAAGUACCUCAGAGAAACAGACCAGCCAGACAUGCAGCUGCUGCUACUCUCCAUUGCAGCUGGUGCAGGCUAUCAAUUGGUAAACAGUGUUUUUCAGCAUCUUCUGGGGUGUGAUGAGUUAAACUUCCUCUUGGAUCAAAUGCAAAGUAACCAACACAAAUACCAAGAGCUUAAGAAUAUUUGCAAUUACAGAGCCCAGGCAUUCCUGGUGCACACAUUUCUAAGAGCCACCGUUGAAAUCACAGAUAUUUCUACAGAAGAGAAAAGUCAGCGUUUGACAUUGAUAAAACAACAUAUGGGGAAAUUGUUGUCUGAAGAAGUUGUACAUGUUCUCACAAAACAUGAAGCACAUCAUGACUGGGAAACUCUGGAGAAUGAUUUAAGAUUACUCAUUGAUGGGGACUAUAGAGCCACCACCCCUUCUUUACAAAUGGACGAGGUAAAAAAACAAUUGCAAAGUCUCUACCAUGAAAAGAAACAGACUUAUAAACAACAAAGUAAUGAAAACAACACAAAGGAAAUGAUAGAAAAUGGACCUUUCCUAGACUUGCUCCAACGUCUAGGCCUAGACCAUUGCUAUCCAAAAAGGAUGAGCAGAGCCGACUUCCACCUGAUCUAUAAGACCUCUGUGUACAAUUCACAGCCAAGAUCUGAAAAGGAGCUUCCAUUCUAUUUUCUACAAAAGCUACUGAUGUUGGAUUAUGGGUUGAGACAUCUUGUCUUCAAAGAUGAUGAAAACAUAAAAAAACAGAUCUCCGUCGGCUGCUCCAAUCAAGAAAAUGAAGAUUUUGAUCCAUAUGAAGAUGUCAUUAAAGGCAAUGACAGUCCUAGCUAUCCUUCAGCCACUGAGUCCUGGCCCCACAUUCACCCAAUGGAUAUCCAGAUGGCUAUUUUACACUGUGCAGAUGAUCUUACCAGGCAAUAUAUUCUGUCCAAACUUUCUAUUUGUCAAUUUGCACUCCCCCUUGUUGUGCCAAAUCCCAACACUUCUCAGAAUGAAUUUUAUCUCUGGUCUCUCAGACAAAUUAGGAAAAGUUGGCAAGAUGCAAGUAAAUCUCUGCAGGACAAGAGCUACAGUCACAAGAAUCAGCAGAUAUGCCGUGUCCCUACCCCCAUUGUGUCCUUCAUUAGAGUUGGAAAUGGCCUCUCUGCUUCCAAAUCUCAGAUCAUG